UUAUUUAUAUUUUUUAAUACGAUUAGAUGCAUUGACAAUUAUCAAACUUAAAAACGAAGAAGCGACACUGGCCUCAAUAAUUAAAACGUAAUAAUUUACAAGGGAGUUAAUUGAAUUAUGAAUUUGUUCACAAAAAUAUAAAUAAUAUGAUUUCUAUAGUUUUACUGUAACUAAACUAGUGAAAAUAUUAUGAUUUUUUUUCUUCUUUCUUUUUUUUUUUUUUUUAAAUCUUUUUUUUUUUUUUUUUUACCGAAUAUCACUUGGUUUCUGUAGAUCUAUAACGUCCAUGGCUAUGUAUAUAAUAAGUCAUAUUAUAUGACGCUACAAAGAAAUGACGUCACUAUAUGUAUUUCAGGUUGAACUGUGAUGUUACGUCUCCAUAGACGUGAGUAUAUCUAUUUGCAUUAUGCAGUUACAUAAUAAUGAGACAACCUACAGUCGAUUGCUAACAAUUCAAAACGGAUGUAUCGCCUAUAUGAAAAAGAACCAGUGUUAUUUGUGAGUCCUAGAAGAAGCAUGACCCGGGCCAGCAUCCAGCACCUGGGUAUGACCUUGCCGGCCUGCGAGUCGCUUCCGGACGGCAGCGCCUUUAUCAUUGACGUCAUGACCGGAACUCAGCUGACGCGCAUUUACCACAUGAUAAGGGAGGCAUCCCGAAACGGCAACGGCUUCAGCGUCGACGAAUUCGAAAGCGAGGCCGACUUCCGGUCGGAAGUCAAAGACGGACAUCCGUUCGCCAUCAUGCGGAAGGACGGCGGCGAGAUGGUUGCCGGGGUUGUUAUCAUCCACAGCAAGUACUUCCGGGGCAGGCACGUGGCCGACCCGUACAUAAUCGUGGAGAAGUCGAACCGCAACAAGGGAAUAGGGUGUCUCUGCUUCAGUCUGUGUAUUCGGUAUGCGAAACAGCUCGGCUUCAUGGGCAUGUACAUAGACACGUUUUCCACCAACACCGCCAUGAUCAAGAUCAUAGAACGCUUCUCCGGAUUCGAGCGCGUCGGAGUCCUGCCCAUGGGAGGUCAGAUUUCUGACGGAACAAUAGUCAGUUCGUAUAUUUACUACAAAGAUUUGAGAACAGCCUAGGCUUGUAUCACCAUUCCCAUGAUGUUGUUAAAUGAUAUUAAUGUUAGUUUUUUUGUUGAUUGGUUGGUUGGUCUUAUGAGAGGAUGUGUUUGAGAUUCAUAAAUACACCAGUGAUACGUGUUAAAGAGUUCUGGCAAGAAAACCCCCAACAAAAAAACCCAAAAGAAAUAAACCCAACAACCACAAAAUAAAGAAACAACACAAUUCUGUGCCAAUAUCCACAAACGGUCCAAAGGUAUGACAAAAAUCAACCAAAGAGAUGUAUGGUUAUAUUGAUCAAUUCUAAAAAAAAUCUGCCAAAGAAAUUAUGAUUAGUAAUUUACAUUGGUUUAUUCUAACACAAAUCCAUAAGAGGUUAUAAGGAUAUUGGUUUAUUGUAACGAAAUCCACAAGAGACUUAUGAUUACAUUGGUUUAUUCUAACAAAAAUCCACGAGAGAUUAUGAUUACAUUGGUUUAUAACAAAAAUCCAUAAGAGAUUAUGAUUACAUUAGUUUAUAACAACAUUCCACAGAAGAUUAUGAUUACAUUGGUUUAUAACGAAAAUCCAUGAGAUUUGUGAUUUCAUUAAUUCAUUCAGCAAAAUCCACCAAAGAGAUUUAUGAUUACAUAGUCAAUUCUAACACAAUUCCUCCAAAGAGGUUUAUGAUUGCAUAGUCAGUUCUAACACAAUUCCACCGAACAUUUAUGAUUACAUAGUCCGUUCCAAACCAAAAUCACAAAGAGAUUAUGAUUACAUUGGUUUAUUGUGACACAAUCCAUCAAAGAGAUUAUGAUGACAUUGGUUUAUUGUAACACAAUCCAUCAAAGAGAUUAUGAUUACAUUGGUUUAUUGUGACAGUCCAUCAAAGAGAUUAUGAUUACCUUGGUUUAUUGUGACACAAUCUAUCAAAGAGAUUAUGAUUACAUUGGUUUAUUGUGACACAAUCCACAAGAAACUUAUGAUUACAUUGAUCAAUUCUAAAACUAAAAUCCACAAGAGAUUUGUUAUUUCAUGGAUUUAUUCUAACAAACAUCCAACAAAGAGAUCAUGAUUACAUUGAUUUAUUGCAACACAAUCCACCAAAGAGAUCAUGAUUACAUUGAUUUAUUGUAACACAAUCCACCAAAGAUAUUUAUGAUUACUUUGGUUCAUUCUAACAAAAAUCCCCCAAAUACUGACUUUGGAGAUGCCAACAAGAAACUGGAAAAACCAGUAAUGUAUUCAUUCGCCUUUCAGCAAAAGGGAGUUGUAUUAUCUUCAGAGCUGUGGUGGUGGUGGUGGUGGUGCUUACAUCUACUUAAGGUUCAUGUACGCCCAUCCUGUACACAGUAUCUGACAUCACUAGUUGCUCUGCGCGGGCCAGAUCCGUUUGUACUGAAGGAGCAUGAUAUGAAAUGUUUGGCGUGAUGGUCUAUACCAAAGCCUUUGACAAGCAUAUUGCUUUGUUCUACCAAAAAAACAAAAAAAACAACAACUAACAAACAAACA